GGGCAGAGCUGCCUCCAGGUUCUCUCACAUGACAGAAAGGCGAAUGCGGAAAAGAAUUGGCGAACAAAGUCGGCAGCCGUGCGAGAGAAGGAAGUGCGCGCGGAACUCCUCUAAAGGAAGGUAGGGCGGACGAGCCUUUCGCUUGAAUUCCUAUUGCAGCACCGCCAAUAUUCAUAUGACUGAAACAACGCUUCUGGGAGUGGUAUAUUUGGUUUCCUUGCCCUUAAAUUAAGGGUGUGCUUGCUCGGAAAAAGGUAUCUUUGCAGCCGGAAAGACAAGAAAGGGAAGAAGAGGCAGCACCCGCUUCUUUUAAUUGGGUUUGGUGUCCAGUCAUGGUGGGCCAUCAUGACCAUAUGUUCAAAGUCUUAAUUAUUGGUGAUGCCACAGUUGGGAAGACAUCGUUAGUUCAGCGAUAUGCUAAUGAUAGUUUCAACAAGCACUACAAGUCUACGGUAGGAGUGGAUUUUGCUCUGAAGGUGGUGCAAUGGUCAGAGUCUGAGACAGUGAGGUUACAGCUAUGGGACAUUGCUGGUCAGGAACGUUUCACAUCAAUGACUCGAUUGUAUUACAAGGAGGCAUCAGCCUGUGUCGUCAUGUUUGAUGUCACCAAUUUUAGCACAUUUACCAGUUGCCAGAAAUGGAAACAAGAUUUGGACAGCAAGGUGAAACUGCAAGAUGGAAGUCCUGUCCCUUGUCUGUUAUUGGCUAAUAAGAGUGAUCUUUAUCCAUGGGCUAUGACUAGAGAAGAAAUUGAUCAAUUCAGCAAAGAGAAUGGCUUUACUGGUUGGACUGAGACAUCUGUCAAGGAAAACAAAAAUGUAAAUGAGUCAAUGAGGGUCCUUGUUGAAAAAAUGAUGGCUACAACAUGGCUAGGUGAUAAUGACAUGUCUGUUUCAGGCCAUGGAGACUAUAUCAAUUUGAAAGAUGGAUCCACAUCCAACUGGGGUUGCUGCUAACUAUAUUUGCUUCUUCAUCGGACCAGAGGUCUAAAGUACCAUUCAGACAAAUCUAUAUACUUUUAAAAGCACUCACAAAUUCUAUAUCUGCACUGUUGAGAAAAUCAGAAGAGAAGGCAAUCCCUCAUUCUAGCAGGGACAAUGGAAAAUACUGCCUUAGCUGCUUAUGAGCCACUGAUGUACAUUUUCCCCAUUUCAUUCAGUAUUGCCUCUUCAGCUUCCUCAAGUAUGCAGGAUCUUCUGCUGAUUUCAGCUCCCAGCAAUUAAAGGAAAAUCUCCACUCGUCUUGAUCAAAAACACCAUUGCAGGAAGUAUGGGUAUUGGGACCUUUCAAACAUCCAAAUGCCCCUAGCCUAAGUUAUCUUGUUGUGUUUGACUGUUUAUCCUCUGCUCACAUUUAGCAUAGACUUCUUUUAAUGAGUCUUUUGUGGAAAGAGGCUUUGGACUGUCUCGUGACACAGCUACAGAAUCCUCUUAUUGCAGCUUUCCUUGAAGUGCCAUUUUUGGUUUGUUGCUUUUGUCUUGUUCACCAAUGUUAUGUUUAAGCUUAGGAAAAUUCUGACCACUUUUUUCCCCUGCACAUGCAGUUGUUAAGCUCUUUCUUGAAGUUAUUUUAUUAGAGAGCCAGCGGUGAAGAGAGGCUAAAGCUAUUGACUUCAUUGCACUGAUACACCUUACUAAGGCACCAGCCAUAUUUGUUGUCUUUAUAGCCCUUUCUCUUGCAGGAUCUAAUUUGCCUCUUUCAGAUUCUGAUGAAUUACUUGCCUUCAGCCAUCCAACUAAGAAGGGUUAUAUAGCAGCAUGGCAGGCUCUUUGAAAGGCCACCUACUGGUUUAGUGAUCUGAGGGACAAAACAGAAUAGAGAGUGUAGCAGAAUAAAAGCUAAAGUUAAAAUAUUUCCUAUGCCUUUUAUUUUUUUGGAAAAAAUAGCAGGAAUUAACCCAAUUUUCCUGGUAUUAUUAGCUGGCAGCCUUCUGUUUCUGGUGAACAUAGGAAGUUAAAACUAUUUACGUUUUUAUAAAUUGGUCAGUUUAUAAUUCAGGGAGGUUGAUAUUGCAAAAUUGUCAUCGAUAUUGAAGCAUUUGAAUUUUUAAUAUUCGUUUUUAAAAUGGUCAGGCAAGUUCAGUGCUUAAGAGUAAAAUAUUCUGGGGAUGAAAAAGAUUAGAAGUUAUUAGAGAACUGAUUGCAAGUAGCUCUUUCGUUUUCUGUCAGUGUUUCCAUCUUGGCUAUGCUAACACAACAGCAAAGCUUGAAAAGCCUUAAAAUAGGUGCUUCACACAGAUUGAACCAGUCGUCCUUCCAGAAGACUUCCAAUGGCUGUUUCAAGGGCUUUCCCAGACUCCCUUUAUGUAUGCAUCCAUAGGUGUUUCAUUUGCGGUCUGUCUGAGCAAAGUCAUGCACUAACAAAUUGGGAAAGCUCUUGUAUUUGAAGAUGGAAAUUCAGUCCUUUUAAACGGUCUAAGAUGUAUAGGGGAUGAGUUUUAUGUCAGCUUCUCUAUGUGUAAGUGUGUGUAUUUUCUAGAGAUUAUAUCAAUUCCAGGGGCCUUCUGUUAGAACUGCAGUGACAAAAUCUUUACAUUUAGAUAUCUUUCUUAAUGACAAUCUCCUCGUUACCUGUAUUUUUUUUACAAAAAAAUGCAGUUAUCAGAAACAUACUGUAGUGAUCAGCAAUUCAAACUGAACCACUUUUAAGGUGUGCUGAAUAGGAGAACUGUGCUCCAUUUAAGUUUGCUUAUUUUUUGGAGUGCAGUAUUCAAGCAUUACUUGGUCCUGUUUUAAACAGGGAACAGCAAAACAGCAUAAUAUUCUUCCUACAGUAUACAAACAAUACCAAUGUUUUGCCUAGUUAACAAAUAUUAGGAAAAAAAAUUAAGGAAACAAUUAGGUAGAAAAUUUCUCUUCAACAUCCAUUGGAGGGAAUCGUUAUGAAAUGGUCAUACUGUUUGUCUGAAAGACGGAAGUAGUUCUUGUACCAUUUUGGGAAACAGUAUAUGAUUUAGAACUGAAUGUCUGUCCAAAAGGAAUUGCUGUCAACUAAUUUGUCUGAAGAUGUUUUAACAAGUUGCACAUAUUUUUUUCAAAUAGCAUUUCUGGCACAGCAUCAUUUCCUUUUGAUGGCAGUAAAGCAUGGGAAUUUAACGGAUUAUAUCUUAUCAAUUAAACUCAGUGCAGCUACUUUGACUGACUACAAUGGGGAACUUUAUGGCAGUGGUUCUCAACCUUUUUAAUGCCACGACCCCCAACCGGUCGUACGUCGAGGACUACCCAACCGGUCGUAAGUCAAGGACUACCCAACUGGUCGUAAGUUGAGGACUUUCCCUGCC